AUGCACGCGUGGACGAAGCACAAGGGAAACCCCGAGCCUGUGAACACGCUGGUCUGGGAAGAGGUCCCGGUCCCUGUAACUCCCAAGGGAGGAUUCUUAGUCAAGUUACUAGCCUCUGGGGGUGAGUAUUGGAUAGUUGGCUCCGGUAAAAAUGAUGCUAACAUCUGCUUGCUAGUGUGCCAUAGCGACCAUUCACUUCUUACUAGUGAAAAGCAGCGUCCUUGGUUUCAAGAAAAAUACACUCUGGUGCUGACCAUGUUUGCUCGUUUCAAGGGUCAUGAGGGAUGUGGCGAGAUUGUACAGAUAGGCGACCAAGUGAAACAUGCCGGGUUCAGCGUUGGAGAUCGAAUCGCGACUAUCGCUGUCCCUGGCUGUGGCUCAGAGGACUGUGCAGAGUGCUCACGGGAUCUCGCUCAGCUGUGCGAGCAAGCCCACCACGCCGGUAUUGGUCAGGACGGUUUUUAUGCACCAUAUGCGGCACUGGAUCUUCGAGCAGUAGUUCGAGUCCCGGAAGGAAUUCCGUCGUCUGUAGCUGCAGUGGCAACGGAUGCUGUCAAAACGAGCUAUCACGCCAUUGUAAGACGUGCAGAAGUCAAGUCCAAUGAGACGGUCUUUCUGUUUGGUCUUGGGGGCCUCGGGUUUAACGCGUUGCAAAUUGUUCUGCAUAUCGGUGCUAGGGUCAUCGUUUCUGAUAUUCGACAACAACGGUUGGAGGAAGCUGCAAGGUGGGGUGUUCCUGGACAAGAUCUGGUGCCUGCUGGAAAGUCAGUACAGGAUUUUGUGCGCGAGAAUGGGUUGCAGGGCAAGAUUGACACCACCCUGGAUUUUGUGGGCACACAUCAGACUUUCCAGGAUGCACAAAACAUCGUUCGCAGAGGAGGCAAGCUUUUGUGCGUUGGUACCCUCGAUGACGAGAACACAGUCGACAUGAAGAUUGGCAUUCAGAAGAGGCUGAGCAUUAUCUUCACAUACGGCGGGCAAUGGAGAGAUCUGAAGGAAGUCCUCGAUCUGAUCUCGAAGGGAAUAAUUCAGCCGCAGGUUGAGACGGCUGCCUUGAAAGAAUUUCCCCAAGUUUUGAAGAGUGUUUGUGACGGAAAGGUCAAAUCCCGGGUUGCCUUACUGCACGAGUAG